GUUGAUUACAGUUUAUUAAAUAGAAAACAAGAAGUAUAUUUGUUGAGAGGACCAACAAACGACCACAAUGGAGGAGAGCUCAUUUGAAACCCAGGAAAUUGAUUUCCAGGAGGUGUUAAAGGAGUUAGAAGGAGACAGAAACCUCGAGAAAUUUCGCGUGGAAUACGAGAAGGUCGCCAAAGCCUUGCAGAAGUCCCAUGAGAACGAAAAGAGGCUGAUGUCAAAAUGCAAGGAGCUGAACGCCGAGAUUGUGUCCAGCAAUGUCAAAUUAUCCACGGCCAUGAAAAUGGUCGAUGAGGAUCAAGCCACAAUCACAACUCUUAAAAUGGAAAUAGAUAAGGCCUGGAAAAUGGUGGAAGCUGCUCAUGAAAAAGAAGUUCAGGCCAAAAAAACGAUUCAAAAGUUAAAAGAGGAAAUCACGAAUCUCAACAAGCUUGUGGAGAAAGGAGCCGGCGUCUCUGUGGAUCAGGAACACAGCACGGUCGAUCUGUUAAAGAUCAAAGAGGAGCUGACCAAGCAAAGGGACAAGCUGCUGUCAGAAGUGGUCACGCUCCGGGAGAACCUCACUGAAGCCACCAGCGCUCAGCAGGAGAUAGAGAGCGAGAAGAACAAAGCGAUGGAAACGAUAGCUCAGCUCCGGCAGGACAUCCAGGUGCAUCAGAACGAGGUUCACCGGGAGACCAGGAGGAAGGAGAAGUUGGAGAAGGAAGUGAAGCAGCUUCAAUCGGAUCUGGAGUCCAAACAAUCCGAAAUCAAAUCUCUGACUCAGCAGAGCCAAAGUUUGCAGGAUGAUCAGCAGAAAUUCGAACAGCAGCUACAGGAACAAAAAAUCAUAAAUGAGAAAGUGAGUAAAGAAUUGGAACAGCUCCAACAACGCAACACUAAACUGCAGCAGGAUAAUGAACAAAACUCUGUCAGCUUUGAACAACUCUCACUGCAGAACCAACAGCGGGCAUCAGACCUAAAGCUGAAAGAGGAGGAAGCAAUCCAGCUGAAGCAGGAGGUCGCUAAACUCACCAAACUGAGAGAGGGGGUGCAGCGGAGACUCAGACAGAUGGAGGAGCAGAAAGUGGAGGUGGAGAAACAGAGAGACACGCUCAAGAAUCAGAUCACUGGACUGGAGAGAGAAAUGGAGAACUCGAAAAACCAGACAGACACAGACAAGAAGGCUAUAGAUGAGCUGGUGCGGGAGAGAGACAUUCUGAACAAGAACACGAUCAAGGCGGCCAACGAAACGGAGAAACAGCAAACGCUCGUCAAGAUACACGAGCAGUCGAAGAAGACCCUCGAACAGGAGAUCCUGAACUACAGGGACGAAGCCCAGAAACAGCGCAAGAUCAUCUAUCAGCUGGAGAAAGAGAGAGAUCGCUACAUAAACGAGGCCAGCGAUCUCACCAAGAAGGUUCUGCAGAACAUUGAAGACAUCAAAAUGAAGGAGAUGCAGAUAUUUGAGUACAAGAAGAGAAUAGCCGAGUCUGAAACUAAACUGAAGCAGCAACAGAAUCUUUAUGAGGAUGUUAGGACGGAGAGGAACCUCUUCAGCAAGAACCUCAUCGAGGCCAAGGAUCACAACGCCGAGAUGAAACGCAAGGUGAAGAUCGUGAACCACAUGUUCGACCAGCUUAAAGAUGAAAUCAAAACGAAAGAGGUUGCUCUGGAGAAGGAGCGGCAGGAGUUUCAGCAAGUGGAGAGAGAGAGGGAAACUCUCAAGGCUGAGCUGCAGAAGAUGAGGCAACAGGCUCAAGAGACCAAGCAGUUCAUUGACAAACAGGAGGCAGAGGAACGCAAGCUGCUGAGGAUCGUAGCGGAUGCUGAUACUGAGAGACUCCGACAGAAGAAAGAACUCGAUCAGGUGAUAAGCGAGCGGGACCUCCUGGGGACGCAGCUGGUGAGGAGGAACGAAGCGCUGGCACUGCUGUAUGAAAAGAUCAAAAUCCAGGAGUCGAUCAUGAGCAAGGGUGAAAUGCAGUACAGUGACAGACUAGAGGACAUCAGACUCUUGAAGCUGGAGGUCAAGAGGCAAAAGCGCGAAGAAAACAUCCUCACCAGGACCGUCUCUAAAGUUGAAGAUCUCAGACAGGAGGUGUUCCACAUGCAGAGGGAACUGCUGAAAGAGAGAACCAGAUGUCGAGCUCUGGAGGAGGAACUCAGUAGUCCCAUGAAUGUUCACCGCUGGAGAAAACUAGAGGCAAGUGAUCCAAGCAUGUACGAACUGAUUCAGAAGAUUCACUCUCUGCAGCGGCGGUUGAUAUCUAAGACUCAAGAUGUUGUGGAGAAAGAGCUUCUGUUACAAGAGAAAGAAAAACUUUAUGUUGAACUGAAACACAUCCUGGCGAGGCAGCCCGGUCCGGAGGCCGCUGAGAAACUGCAGGUGUAUCAGCGAACACUCAGGGAGAAAACCAAACAUCUGAAGGCCCUAACAGCUGAGCUCAACAUGCACGAGUCUCAGUCAGAAGAGUAUAAAUAUGAGAACGAACGCCUGGCCCACGAGCUCCAGGAGGUUAAAAAGAAAUACCUUGCGCAGAAGCGCAAAGACCAAGAGUUCAGGUCUCCCUGUCUGACCACCCCGGUCUACAGCUUGUCUUGCGGGCCACACAAACAGGAGGCAGAGAUGGGAGAAAGAACGGAGUCUCGCCCAGGCGGGACAGCCUGCGAUCCAGCCUCAGCGUCCAGACGGCCCCAGAUUCACUGGAGGGGGCUUCAGUCUGAAGCAGCACAACAGGAUGACACUUCAGGCCCUCGAGCAGCAGUCCUAAUGCCCACCAGAACCCCCCGACACCCACUUCACCCAUUACCAUACCGUGUUAUCUUGUAUUUAUUCGCCUCUGUUGGUGCCGGCCUGCUCUUCAGUCAGUGGUCUUGAGAAAUACACUAGAGCCAUUCUUUCUCCCACUCAGGAAUAAAAUAAAAACUGUUAUUUUUUGUAGAAAAGUCUUGGGUCUAUGUAGUACUAAACACUCAUGCAUACUGACACACAAACAAAUGUCUUGUCCUGUUUCGGUAUCUGGUAUGCAUAUGGUACUUACAGGUGAAAAGAACGAUUUUUUGGAACAGGUUUUGGGUUUAUGUGCAUUAUCAAACAGAGCAUUCUCUGUUGUUGCAGUGCAUUGUGGGACAUCUUAGUCUGCAAUCAUCUUUUUGCGCAGGAAUAAUCGUGAUAUUGGACGAGCCCUAUGAGUGCCCUGACUAGGGAGCUGAUUGAGACGCAGUAGAGCGAUCGCACUGUCACUGCUGUUUAACAUUGAGGUCUCUCUUUGCUCACGGCCAUAAAUGAUAAAACGGUCAGGAGUGGGUUAUUCAGAAUCAUUACGCACUUAAUGGUCAUAAAAUCGAAUUUAGAUUAGAAAUGAGACCACGGUUAAAUCCACAUGGCAAUGAAUUUAAACAGAACCCAAAGUGUGGAUUAUAAAAUAGGAUCUGGAUUUGCAUUUACAUUUAGUCAUUUAAGAGACGCUUUACUGAAUACCGUUUGUCUAUGAGGAAGUUGCAUCAAGACGAACGCAGAUGUCUUUUAUUUCACUCUAAUAUUUUAUCUUGCUGCAUAAAAGCCCAUAUUGCACAAGAUCAUUUUUAUCAGCACUUUGGAGGGCUCCUUCAAAGCAGUAGCUUAAAUGUCUUUAAGCUUACAGUGGGUAUUUGGACCGUGAGUGUUCUUGGAUUGGCAAUGCUGAUUUGGCUAACGGCAAGUCACUUUACUGUGGUUAUUGUUAUUGGUGACAUGACAAAUGUUUCCAGAACUAAAUACAUAAAUACCCAAGAACUUCAUGGAGGUUGCACACUUCCCAGGCUGCAUGCUCCAUCAAGUAACUGCCAUUGUGAUGUACAGGAAUGCUCUCUCCAGGUAUACAUAUUACAUAUACAUUAGUGUUGCCAUAUAUGGGCAGCAGGAAGCUGAGGGAUUGAGGUAUUAAAGGAGCGUGCCGUAAAAUGUGGUCUAGUAUGCAGGCAGCGUGCUAGGUUCUGGAACAUUACAAGCGUCUCAAGUGUCUUGCAGAUUACGUCUUAGUCGAACCCUUACGACAACUGUAAAUGUCAAGCGUGUUAUUUCAGAGAGUUUUCGGUGUUAAUAUGCAUGGCAUGAAUGAAAGAACUAAUUUCACUAGAAUUGAUUAUUAAUAAAGGACUAAAUAAGCAGGAUAAGAAAUGUAUGAAUGUGCAGGUUUAAAAUGAGAAUUGGACUCUGUCGUCUGAUACGGUUGGUUUAAACUUCUUGAUUUAGAGUCUUUCAGGCAAAAUGGCUGUCCUCAAAUGACUGGAAAUGUAUUUUAAUGCAAUUCCAUUGACGUUUUGAUGUGUUAGCACUUUAUUGGGAAGAGAUAAAAUGACUUUCAACAAGGGAAAAAGAAAUUGCUUCUCAGUUGCAAUCACAAUCGCUUUUGAGUCAUCAAAACCUUUUAAAGAUACCGGAUAAGCCUGAGUCAUUACAUAAAAUGGCUGCAACU